AUGAAAGUUGUUAUGGUUGGUGAUUGUGGUGUUGGUAAAACAUCAAUUGUAAAUAGACUCGUUAACAAUGAGUUUAAUAAAGAAACAAGUCCAACUGUUGCUGCAGUAUUUCGUCAGACAAUUGUUGAUAAUGAAGAUGACUCGUAUAAAUUAGAAAUUUGGGACACUGCUGGAGAAGAAAAAUAUCGCUCGGUAGUUGGUUCUUAUUUUCGUGGUGCAAAUGGUGCAGUUAUUGUAUUUGAUGUAAUAGAUAAAAAUUCAUUUGAACAUAUCUUUGAUUGGGAAUUUGAAAUAAAACAAAUUGCACCAGAAGCUACUAUUCUUAUUCUUGGAAAUAAAGCAGAACAAAAUAAAUGGAUGUUACAAAAAGAUGAAAUUGAAAUUAAACUAAAACAAAAUAGAUUAAACUAUUUUUUUGUAUCAGCAAAGACUGGACUAAAUAUUAAAAAAGCAUUUAUAUCUCUUGCCACUACUAUGCAACCAAGCGAAAUUAAUGAAAACGUCUGUGUUUUAAAUUCAAAUACUAAAGUUGAAGAAGGGUGUUGUUAG